GUUUUACUGAGUCUCUGUUAGCUUCUUCUUCUUCUAGAUCUGAUCGCGAUUUUCGCCGGAAGGUUUGUUUCUCAGACUCUCAGAUCGAUUUCUUCUUUCAAACUUGUAUUCGUUGCUCCCGUGUCGUAAAGCGAGUCUAGAUCUCGUAGAUUCCUCUUUCGAUUACGCUCUGGAUUACAGUGUGGAGAUUAGAGAUUCUGUAGAUUCAAGAAUGUCGAUUCGAUUUCGCUUGUUUUAGAUCUGAUUGUGGCGAUAAACAGAGGUCUUGUUAUAUCUAUGGGUCGUGGAAACAGCUGUGGUGGAGGUCAAAGCUCACUCAAUUAUCUCUUUGGUGGUGGUGGUGAUGCUCCUCCUCCUAAGCCCGCUCCAGCUCCAGCUCCAGCUCCUUCUGCUGAGCCAACCAAGGCUACUGCACCUGCACCUGCACCUGUAGCUGUGACUGCAACUGCUCUCACCACCGCUACUACCAGCGUUGAGCCUGCAGAGGUCAACAAGCAGAUCCCUGCUGGUAUCAAAACUCCUGUUAACAACUAUGCUCGAGCUGAAGGACAGAACACCGGAAACUUCCUCACUGACCGUCCUUCGACCAAAGUCCAUGCAGCUCCUGGAGGUGGAUCAUCCUUGGAUUAUCUUUUCACUGGUGGCAAGUAAAGUAUAAUAAAAACAUUAUGUGUAAUGCAAAUGCGUAUCCAUUGUCUCCUUGUUGCAUUCGCACACUAUAAAAACUGUUUGAUGUGAGCCCAGCCUUUAAUGAUAAGAAGUCGGUUUCUUGUCAAUC